AUGUGGCUGCUCAUGGCAGUCCUGCUCCUCCUCCAAGCACCCAGCAGCUCCGAAGGCGCCAGCAAGCAGAAGAAGGCUCUGAACCCCGAGGCUCUCAUGAACGUUAGCCAAAUCAUCUGCCACAAAGGGUACCCCAGUGAGGAGUAUGAAGUGCUGACUGAUGAUGGCUACUACAUCCACCUGAACAGGAUUCCUCAUGGAAGAGAAAAGCCUAAGAACAGAGGGGCCAAGCCAGUGGUGUUUCUCCAGCACGGGAUAUUUGGAGAAGGCAGCCACUGGGUGGAAAACCUGGCCAACAACAGCCUUGGCUUCAUCCUAGCAGACUCUGGCUACGAUGUGUGGCUGGCAAACAGCCGAGGGACAAGCUGGUCCCGGAGACACCAGCACCUUUCAGCCGACCAGGUGGAAUUCUGGGAUUUCAGCUUCCAUGAGAUGGCAAUGUUCGACCUGCCGGCUGCCAUCGACUUUGUGCUGCAGAAAACGGGGCAGAAGCAGCUCCACUACGUUGGAUACUCCCAGGGCUGCACAAUUGCGUUUAUUGCGUUUUCAUCCAUCCCCGAACUGGCUCAGAAAGUCAAAAUGUUUUUUGCCCUGGCUCCAGCAGUGUCACUGAAGCACAGCAGAAGUCCACUCAUGAAGAUGCAGCUCCUUGUGGACAACAAGCUCCAGAUGAUUCCGCUGCUGCUGGGCAGGACGGACGCGUCGCUGCNCAGCAGGGCCCCAGCUGAGGGAAGCUGCCACUCCCCUCCCACCUGCUGGAAAGCACCCUCAGUGGGAUUUGUUUCCUUGCAGACACGGCUGGAUGUGUACACAUCCCACUAUCCAGAUGGCACCUCUGUCAAAAACAUCAUCCACUGGGCCCAGGUAGGACCCCUGACACACAUACACACCCCUGGGAUGGGCCCUUCACUGAGGGCCAGGGACACCCCGCCCCUGUACCCCCUGGAGCAGAUGCCGGUGCCCACAGCAGUGUGGUCAGGAGGGCAGGACUGGGCAGCUGACUGGAGGGACGUGCUGCAGCUGCUGCCCCGCAUCAGCCACCUUGUCACUUACACCCACAUCCCCGACUGGAACCACUGGGACUUUGUGUGGGGCCUGGACGCCCCCGGGCGCCUCUACAGCAGCAUGCUGAGCCUGAUGGAGGGCUCCCGGUAGAGCGGCAGCUCCCGGCGGCCUGGCCCCUGUCCCUCAGCUGAGACAGCCCCAGGAGGGGCUGGGACAAUCCCUGCUGUCCCCUCCUUCCUGCUGGCCUGACACGCUUGUGGUGAUGGUGCUUUGGUUGUUGGGUCUCUCCUCCUUGCUUGGGAGCUCCUCAAACACCGGCAGCACCGGGGUCAGCUGAGGCAGAGCCACCGGGGUCAGAGCAGGCAGGAGCCACCAGCCCUGCUGGAAGGGUCCCAACAUGAUGGUGCUGAGCCAGGGACACACAUGGGGACUCUGCCAUGACCCCACGGUGGAUUGUGGAUUAGAGCAGCCAGCCUGUGAGGAGCUGGGCCUGUGGGGGGACAGGCUGAGAGCAGCCCCCAGCCAUGCACACAAAGGAAUGCAGGGGAUGCAUGGGGCCAAACCCUUCUUGGCAGCAGCAGCAACAGGGGCUCUGGCCCCAGAUUGCACCCCAGGGGGUUCAGGUUGGAUUUGGAGAAUCCUUUUUCCCCAAGACAAGUCCUCAGGAAGUGGAAGGUCUCCAUAUGUGGGCAGGGACUCAGUGGCCAAAGGUCCCCAGGAGUGGCUGCUUGGCUCAGCACCAAGGCACUGGGAAUGAUCAUCCCUCAUCCCUGGAAGCUGCUGACCCCAAAUGCCCUGGGCUGGGUUGCAGGGCUGCCAUCCCCCCGGGAAGCUGCUCCAGGCUGACGUCCCCAGCCUAUCCCACCCUGCUGCUUGCUGCAAACCCAGAGGUGGGGAAAAUC